UAUAUCAUCAGUCUUACAGCCGGUCGCGUCGCAGUCGACCGCUAUCGUAUUCAAAUAUUUGGCUACUAUUAACUUAAGUUGACGAUAUUUCGGAUAAUAAUGCAUUCAAGGUCAACAAGGUUAUGCUUGUGUUGAGUUACCCAUGAUAUAAUGUCGUGUACGGAACUGUAAUUCUGAUUAUGUGAAUGAAAAUUAAAAGUUAAUUAGGGAAUAGAUUUCAAUUUGCUACUUCUUUUCGAGGCUGAAGAAUUGUACAAAAAUGGCGGGAACAGUGUUUGGAAUAUGGGAUUACAUCAUAAUGGCGGGUACGAUGGUUGCGUCUGGUGCCAUUGGACUGUACUUCCGAUUUAGUGGCGGGAAACAGAAAACUAAUGAGGAGUACCUUCUUGCCGAUCGGAACAUGUCAAUUUUCCCAGUCGCUGUGUCCCUCAUGGCCUCCUUCAUGUCAGCCAUCACUCUAUUGGGAGUCUCCGCUGAGAACUACUACAACGGCAUGAUCUUCGUGGUUAUCAACUUAUCAUAUGGCCUGAUCAUACCCACAUGCACCAAAUUUUACCUCCCAGUAUUCUUCGGCUUACAAAAAACCAGCACAUACGAAUAUUUAGAACUACGCUUUGGAUCUAAAAUUAGAAUGCUCACCUCUUUGACAUAUACUUUACAAAUGUUAUUAUACAACGGAAUAGUUUUAUAUACCCCUGCCCUGGUCUUAGAAUCUGUUACAGGAUUAAACAGACUGAUAUCAAUAUUAGCAGUUGGAUUAGUGUGCACCUUCUAUUCUACUUUAGGAGGUAUGAAAGCAGUGUUAUUUACCGAUGUUCUACAAUCCUGCUUGAUGUUUGCUGCAUUAAUUAGUAUUAUUGUAUUUAGUUCAAUAAGUCUGGGAGGAUUUAGUCAGAUAUUUAUAAAAGCCUCUGAAGGUGGAAGAAUAAAUUUUAACAAUUUCAGUCCUGAUCCAACACAAAGACAUACAUGGUGGUCGUUAAUUAUAGGUGGAUUAAUAACAAAUUUAUCUUUAAAUGCGGUUAACCAUACGCAGGUUCAAAGAUUGUUAACAGUGAGCACCCUGGAGCGAUCAAAAUUGUGUUUAUGGUGGAGCUGGCCAUUUUACGUCGCACUCAGUCUUUUGACGUGCACUAGUGGGCUUGCUAUUUAUGCCGUUUAUAAAGAUUGUGACCCCUUGAGUGAUGGAAAAAUUUCUUCAAUUGAUCAGUUAAUGCCGUACUACGUGGUGGAUGCCAUGACGGUGAUUCCUGGUCUAUCUGGCCUCUUUGUGGCCGGCAUCUUCAGCGCCUCGCUGUCGACUGUCUCUGCUGCUUGCAAUGCGUUGGCUGCUGUCACCCUCACUGAUUAUGUAGGGAGAUGGUGCAAAGUCCGCGAAGCAUAUAUAGCUGUGUUGACCAAACUCGCUGCGUGCGCAUACGGCCUCGCGUUCCUAGGCCUGGCCUUCCUCGCGGAGUACCUGGGCGGAGUCCUGCAGGCCGCGCUGACCAUCUUCGGAGCCGUCGGAGGACCCCUGCUUGGAGUGUUCACGCUUGGCAUGUUCACCACGUAUGCCACUGAAUUGGGUGCAUGCCUCUCGCUCGUAAGCGGUAUGUCCAUGACAUUAUGGAUCAGUUUCGGUGGCCCUAGACCACCAACCCUCAAACUACCCCUCAGCACCGAGGGGUGUGCAGUCAAUGGAACCAUUAUCACCCCUACACCAUACGAUCCUAGCUCCUACUUCUAUUUGUACAGGAUAUCUUACAUGUGGACUAGUGCGAUUGGCUUCAUCUGGGUGAUGGUAGUCGGUACCAUCAUCUCUUUGCUUUGGCGACAACAGCAACCCUGGGAGAAGGCAGGGCGCACACAUCCCGACCCUGCUUUAUUCACCCCGCCACUGGCCAGGUUCCUCAAGAAACAGGUGGAGAAAGAGAAACCAGUCAUGAUGCAGUAGAUAAUGCUUCAGGGCUGCUUGUAGUCGUAGAUAACAUCCCAUGUGUGACAGGUGGGUACGGUGAUUCUACCUUAGAUUAAUGAAAAAAGCUGUAUAUUUAUCAUAUGUAAGAAAUCGUAUCACAUAUUUUCAACAAUCGAUGUACUCAGUCGUUAUUAAAAAAUAGAAUUCUUAGAAGAUGCUUUGCCUUUAGUAUCACUAACAAUCUCGGAAAUGUGCUUUUUGACUUUAUUUUUAAUAACUAUCUAAGUACAUUAAAAGUUUUAAGAUUUCUUUUGUAAAAUUUUCUAUUUUCGCAGUGUGAGCUCCUUAAAUACAAUGGGAUACAACAUUGAAGAUGCUACAGUUUCUGCCAACAUUAUUUACGUAUUAGAAAAUAGUUAUAUGAAACUAAUCAAGUACUUAUUUGUUAUCUACAAUAUAUUUGUUUUGCCUAAUUCGACAAUAAAUUAUUAGUUAUGUACCUAUGUAGGCAUUGUAGGCACUGCAACUAUUUAUCCGGAAAAAAAAGAGUAACUUUUUAUUGAUUGAUUUAGUUGCCGUGUGAUAUAGGCCCAUCUAUUGUCGGAAAUUUAUAUGAAAUAAAAAAACUUAAUUUAUGUGAUAAAAUUACAUCAAAAUUGGCGAAUUAAGUUAUUGAUUUACAAACAUACAGGCUUGCGCAUUUAUGUACUUACAGGUAUAGAUAAUUUAGUUAGAUUAAAUAACGAAAACUGUCGAAAAAAAUGUUUUACCAAAUCUAGCUGUUAACUGACAUUCCUCGCAAGAUCUCUAUUUGUUUGAGAUCUAUAUUUUUCUGUACAGUUAUUGUUACAUAUUUUUUGAAAUAAAAAUAUUUAAUACUAAUCUUU